AUGAAGGCAAUAAAGCAAGGAUCGAACAUGUUAGUGUGGACUAAGUUGAAACUUCCGAGACUCAAUACAACUGUAGAAAGGGUAUGGGAGGAAGUCAUUUUGACUGAAGAAAUCCCGGCCCCACCAAACCUGGGAAGGGAGCCACAACCUGGAAAAAGGAGCCAUGAGUUUUGUCGAUAUCAUCGGUUUCAUGGACAUCAUACGAACGAUUGCAGGAAUGUCCGGAGGACCAUACUUCGAAUCAUUGAACAAGGGAAGCUCGCACACUACGUGGAGGAUCAUGAGCUGCCGUCGCCACCUCAACAUGAUUACCUCAGGAUCCAGACAAAGAGGCACCAGAUUGAAAUAAACAAACGGAUGUGGAAGUCCGGCUGUAACUUCAUAGCACACUCGAAGGGAGACAUCCAAAAUUUCCAUGACAACGUGCUCUCGAAAGUGUAUAAAAGGGAUUACGAAGGGAAUGAGAUAUUCCCAGUGAUGAAAAGGGAAUCUCUAAAGGAAUGGAAAGAAAGAGAAAUAUCAUUCUCGGCGCAGGAUCCACCAGGGGAAGGAAUCUCGCACACGGAUUCCUUGGUCAUCACCUUGACCAUUAGCGAAAACUCACGAGAAAAAGAGGGUCGAAGCGAUAAGGGAAAUAUCUGGGCUAUGGAAAGGGUCUUAGUGGACAUGGGAAGCUUGGUGGACGUCAUUUUCUAUCGUGCAUUUAAAGCUUUGGGAUAUGAGGAUUCUGACAUGAUGCCUUCGGCGUACAACCUAUACGUAUUCAACGGGGUAGCAACAAAACCAAAGGGUGAAAUAUGCGUGAAGAUCUUCGCGGGAGAGCUAGAGAUGGAAGUUACUGUCUGUGUGGUGGACGUGGAGUCGCCGUAUAAUGCCCUCAUGGGAAGGCCAUGGAUUCGACGAAUAAAAGGUGUUGCAUCGACUUAUCACCAAGCGAUACGAUUCCCAAUACCAAGUGGGAUUGGCGAGAUAAAAGGAAAUUUGGGAGACGCGAAGGACUGCGGCGAGAAGGAUAUUGAAAAUUACGAGGAAAGACUAAAAAGGAGGAAGGAAAGAAGGAAGAGCGUACUGGAGUCAAAGAAGGAAAAAUAA